AUAACUUAUCAGCAAUAAUGUUUCCUUGCCAUGGCGCCUCUCCGCGCGAGCACAGGCUGUCCGCGGCGCCGAUCACCUCCACUCUCAACCCCGGCGCGCCCGUCAGCCACAUACAAACCCACAACACCAACAAUAAUGCUGAUGGCUCAAAGCAACAGGGCCAAAUGCGCGGCAACAUUGCCCGCUGGUGGGGGUGGCUGCGCGGAAACGGCAGCCGCGGCCGUGCCGGUGACGCCGCGGCCACUGGUACUGCUUCAGCUGUGCCGCCGGCCGCCGCCACCGCGACCGGUACGGCGGUGGCGGCACUGGUCCGGGGCGCGGGGGCUGUGGGUCUGGUGUACGGCGGGCUGUGGCUGCUGCUGGCGGGGUACCGGGCCGUCAAGGUGCUGCUGCUGCGGCGGGCGCUGCGGGAGAUCGUGCCGGCGCUGCAGCAGGCAGGCGUGACGUUUUGGCUGGACUUCGGCACGCUCAUGUCUCUGGCCCGCGCCAACGACGUGUACGAGUCGGACAACGACGUGGACCUGGUGGUGCUCAACCCCGACUUUGGAAGGCUCAAGGAGCAGCUCAGCCGCCCGGGCGUGCUGCCCAAGGGCUAUACAGUGGAGUGGGCGGGCAAGAGCCGGCCCCUGGGGGGCGGCCUGACUCAGGACUGGCUGCGGGUGUACCUGCCGGGCAAGAUCAUGUGGGCUGACCUGUUCGGCGGCUACGAGGCCCCCGACGGCCAGGACCUCAUCCGCAUCAACAAGAACAGCCACUGCGAUGUGCCCAGGCACCUGGUCCUGCCGCUGGGCACCAUCCCGCUGCUGGACUGCGCCGCGCCCGCCCCCGCGCCCCGCGACGUGGUGGGCGUGCUGGAGCACCGCUACGGUCCCGACUGGCGGCAGGUCAAGUACGCCAGCAAGGGGCGCGACGCCAUCGAGCACAACAAGCCCUACCUGAGGGCGCUGCGGGCGCUGGGGCGGCUGGGGCUGCGCGUGUGAGGAGGAUGGAUGGAGGGUGGACGGGUAGGGAUGGUGGGGCGGUGGGCAGGCGUGUGGGGAAGCAAGGCAGGGUGCUGCAUGUGUCGCACUGGGGUGACGUUUGUUGUAGCGCGGGGUGGGCGCUCGGGAUCAAGAUAAAGGCGGAGAAGCAGGAGGACGAGGCGGGGAGGAAGAGGAAAGGCGGGAGGCGGAGUUAGGGGGCGCACAUGUGUGCGCAAGGGUGUGUACCAGCCACCUGACCCGCGGGAUCCCCAGCUUCUUCUCCAGGAUGUGAAUGCAUCUUGCACAACGGCUGCAUGCAACCGCUUAACACUGGUA